AUGGUCGCGCCCCCCGAGUACGAAGAGAAAGCGCACGAGAGCGACGGCGGCUCACUCGGCGAUAAGGAGAAGGCGCUCCAGCUAGACUCACCUGUCGAUGCGGACGCGACGAAUGUGGGCCUGCACGAGUUCGCUCUCGCGAUGCGCUCGGGCCUGCGGGUUAGUCCCGAAGAGAGCAGAAGGAUCCGGCGGAAGAUCGACGUGUGGAUCCUGCCGAUGCUGUGCUUGUGUCAAGGGCUGAGUAUCUUGGACAAGACUGCACUCAACUUCGCAAACUUGUACGGCAUGAAGGCCGCACUCCAUCUUUCCGGGGACCAAUUCAACUGGUUCGCAAGCAGUGCGUAUUCCUGCCGGUAUCUCGUAGGAAACUAUCCCGACUCGCGGCUCCUCCAGAGGUUCCCCACAGGGAAGGUCUUGUCAAUCACCACGCUUAUUUGGGCAACCAUUGUCAUUACCACCCCCGCAUGCACCAACUUUGCCGGGACGGUGGUCAACCGCCUUCUCCUUGGCAUGUUUGAGGCGAUCGUGACGCCGGGGAUGACGCUCCUUACCGGUAUCUGGUACACGCAAUCAGAGGUCCCCUUCCGGUCGCUCAUCUGGUACUCGUUCAACGGCUGGGCCGGCAUCUUUGGCGACCUCGUCGCCUUCGGGAUCGGACGGAUCGAGCACCCGCAGAUCGCGCUGUGGAAGUACAUCUUCCUCAUCCUUGGUGGGAUGAGUGUAUGCCUUUCCAUCGCGCUGUGGUUCCUCUUCCCCGACUCCCCGGUGGAUGCGCGCUUCUUCACGGCCGAGGAGAAGAUCCUAGCGGUGAAACGCGUGGCUGAGUCGAAGGUCGGUGUGAAGAACACCGAGUUCAAGAUCUACCAGAUUCGACAGGCGGUCGCAGACCCGAAGACAUGGCUGCUUUUCGUGGCGUCCAUAGCAGCGCAGAUUCCAAACGGUAUCGUCUCAAACUUCUCAACCAUCGUCAUCAAGGGUAUGGGGUUCUCUACCUCCCAGACGACGCUCUUGGACGCCGUGUCGAGCGCAUUCCAGAUCGCCAGUCUUCUGAGCGCCGGGUGGGUUUGCAUGCACUUCAAGAACAUGCGCGUGAUCACGAUGGCCACGGGGAACAUCACCUGCAUUAUCGCCGCGGCAUGCCUCACGUACUUGCCCGCGGAGCAGAAGUGGAACCGCCUCGUCGCGUUUUGGUUCACGUCUUUCCAGUCGGUCGGCUUCUCGUUGUCUCUUGUGAUGAUCUCCAACAAUGUUGGGGGAUUUACCAAGAGGACGUUCACUACGGCGGUGACGUUCGUCGGGUACUGCGUUGGGAACAUCAUUGGGCCCCAUUUCCUCAUUGACAGCGAGGCUCCUACGUAUCCUACAGGCACGACUGCCAUGUUCAUCGGAUACAUCAUCAAGACCAUUGCCCACAUCUUGCUCGGUGUGUACAUGUGGAAGAGCAACGUCAAGAAAGACCGUAUUCACGGCAAAAUCACGUCUUAUGAAGACCAGCUCAAGGGGGAAGAGGCUGGCAUGCGCGAUCUCACCGAGUUCGAGAACCCGUACCACAGGUAUGUCUGCCGCCGGACCAUCGCACAUGUCCGGUAUUCUGAUCCGCUCUGCCAGAUAUGUUUUGUGAGAGCAGAAGCAGUGUUGUAUAUGUACUUGUUCGAGAGGAUGUUCCAUGUAGUCCACGAGAAUCUACUUCUAUAA